AUGCGAUUUCCAAUCUCCGGGUUGUUCUUCGUGGCGAUGUCGGCCAUCGUGGCCCGGGCAUCCCCUGUCCAAACCGCUGUGCCACAGCCCGGAGUGUUCCCGCGAGAUGUCAGCCCCACCACUACGGCGACAAACUCGCACACCACUACCACAGCGACUACCACAACAGCCACUGAAUUCGAAUUGAGCUUGACUCUAAAUUUGCCUUCCGACACAUGUACACCCACUAUUAAGCCCGACAAGUAUGGCUGGGUACCGGCCACGGAGUGUGAUGCCUUGUACCUCUACUACCCGUCUUUUAAAGCGGCAAUUGCUGCCGCCGUAAUUUUCGGCAUCCUCUUCAUGGCACACUUUGUGCAGGCGACUAUGUACAAGGCGGGCUUUGCUUGGGUUAUCCUCAUGGGCGUCUCUUGGGAGACUGUUGCUUACGGGGUCCGCGCCUUCAGCACUCAUAAUCAGCAGAAUGAUACUGUUGUGACUGUCGCCCAAAUGUUUAUCCUUUUGGCUCCGUUAUGGGUCAACGCAUUCGACUACAUGGUUCUAGCAAGAAUGAUCCAUUUCUUCGUCCCCGAGCGUCGCAUCGGCAUGUUCAAACCUUCUUUACUAGCCAAAUCAUUUGUCUUGCUCGACUUCGCCUCCUUCAUCGUUCAAAUGAUCGGUGGCUUCAUGGCCACUGGUACGGAUCAGCAACAAAUGAACGGUAUCCAUAUCUACAUGGGAGGCAUCGGGAUCCAGCAGUUCUUCAUCGUGUGCUUUUUGGUGCUGGCCGUGCAAUUUCAACGAUCGAUGCUACAGCUGGAGCGGGCCGGCCGACUAUUUGGUGAGAAGCAGAAGUGGCGCCGACUGCUCUACGCCCUGUAUGGAAGUCUAGUUGCCAUUACGGUCCGCAUCAUCUAUCGUUUGAUUGAAUUUUCCUCCGGGUAUGGGGAGUCAAAUCCCAUCCCAUACCAUGAAUGGUAUAUGUAUGUGUUUGAUGGUAUUCCCAUGGCAUUGGCUAUUCUCAUCUGGAACUUCGCGCCACCCGGUGCCGUGUUGCAGGGCCCAGAUGCGAAAAUGCCCUCCAGUGGCAUCGGCAGGUGGCUCUGCUGCUACGGCUGUGCCUGUUGCUGUCGGAGCUGCCGAAAGGGAGCCAAGGGAAAGAAGAAUAUGCAACGACUACCCGAUAACGACAUAUAUGAUGAUAACGUGCCACUCCACACCCGAGAACCAUCCCCGUACCGCGAUUCAAAUUACAAUACCCGUCGCUGA